CAGCGACUGCGAAACGACGCAUCCAGACGGCAGCGCCCUGUUGGUCAUGAUGGACCUCUCGAUGCUUAGGCGUCCCUCUCGACCGCUCCUUCACUUUGGGUCCCGCUCCGCGUUCGGGCGUUUCUGGCUACACAAACGCCUGCAAGCCCCGCGCAGCCCACUGCAGGCACCUGCGGCACCAACUUUACUUGAACCCUGAUCUCACCCGUAUUCCCUCUCUAGUUUGCUGCCAACCGCGCUCGCAAGCCUCUCUACCUUACACCUCCCUGCGCAGCCCAUUCUACAAAAAUCACGCGCGAUCAACUGGCCGCCAUGACCAACGACAAGGCUGUACCCGCCUUCAUGGACCUCCCGCUCGAGGUGCGACACUCCAUUUUCGAGCAUGUGGCUGCGCGCGGCGUCAAGCCUAAGAAGCUGCUCCGCUACUGGUUCGAGAAGAAAGAGGUCAAGGAAUUCGUUGCCCAAGACGCAAUUGACAACCCCAACGGUCCCGCCCCGCGAGUCGCAUACGGCAACGACUACGAUGACUACGACGAAGAGAGUGCUGUAAGCGACUAUAACAGUGAGGAGGAGGAGGAUCAAGAAGAGGAGGAGAAUGCCGUGGAAGACAGCGAGAACGAGGAGGAAGACGAAGAUGGAAAUGAGGACGAAGGAGCAGAGCAGGAAGAUGGCAGUGACGAAGAUGAAGCUGAAGAUGAGUCUGAGUCCGAUAUUGACGGCGAAGACGAGGAUGAGGAGGUAGAGGAAGCUGUCGCCGGCGCGCACGAUACCCAGCCAGCAACCGCUGGCGUCCAUCCAGCCCAAGCUGCUGCUCAAGUUGACCCCGACGACCAGUCCGAAGAUGAGACGGCGGAGGAAAAACCUGGACAAGGACGUGUCGGCGAGGGCAAAAGCGAGGAUGAGGGCGACGACGGCGAAGAGACCGAGGGUGCCCAGCUACACAAUGAGGAAGAGGCCGAAGGCGAUAGCGAGGACGACGAAGAUUUGGCCGAUGACGGCGGUAACGCUGCUGCUAUAGUCGUUACAGCUCAGCCUCCUCCUCCUCCUCCUCCUCCUCCUCCUCCAGCACCCGUAUUCCGACCCCACAACAAGUGGCGCCAUAUACCGAACUUCAUGCGCAUCACUCACUGUCCUCCGCCGGUCCAACUCCUGCUCACCUCCCGACAGCUGAACAACGAGGCAAAGAACUGGUUCUACGAUGUAGCCGUUCUACGUAUCGACGCGACUGGUAGCUUCGCCCAUACGUCUUUCUUCGAGGAGGCUUUCAGUCAGAUCACUGACGCUGCCUUUUCUCCUAUGGAGAAUAUCCGAAAGGUUAAUAUUACUUUCGUUUGGGAUUCGGCCUGGAUCCGCGCCGACACUACCGACUCCAUCGCGGCCAUCUUCCCCGCCCUUCUUCGCCAGCGCUCAAAUUUUGUAUUUGAGAUUUUGUUGAAGGCGCCAGAUUUGCGGGAGGUCGUCAUUCACUGGCACGACUCUGUUCAAGAUGAUGAGAGCGCGAACCUCAUGCUCGACAACCUUGCGCCCUUCCACACGUUGGCUGCUACCGUCAACAUCAUCGAGCACUACAUCGCAGCGGACGCCAGGCCCAAGAAACAUAGUAUUGCUGGUAAGCGUCGCGUCGAGUUUCAGAACAUACUUGACAUGGGUCUCGAUCGGCUCUUCUAAGAUGCGAUGCUUGGCAUCAUCGUACGGCGAAAACUCGGUUGUCGUCUCUUCUCGUUUCUGAAGAAGGCAGCCACAUGUGGAUAUGGACGGGGGAAGCUUUCCUCUUUCAUGAAGUUUCGCCCCAGAAGGCCGGGACUUCGCGUCCUAGUGCCUUAGCCUACACAUGCCAUUGGCUCUUGCGGUCACUGUACAUCGGUCCAGGGUUCCGAAUGCGCAGUGUUAGUGGGCUGUAGGGUUCAAGUAUCCGAAAGUAGGCCUCAGGAAAUUCGAAGAUGCCUCAUUACAUUCUUUCAUCGUCCUUUCAUAUCUUUCGAGCUGUACGAAUGAAAUGUUAAUAUCACAACCAGCAGCUCAGACUUUGAAAUUAACGAGCAACAUAACGUUCUAGAUCGCACUUCUCUAUGCUCUUCCUUUCACGAUUGUUAUCCGCGGUUCUCGGACAGGCGCAUAUGAUCGCCGUUAGGUUACGGCCAACGAAUGCGGGG